CAGCGCUUCCUGAAGUCGCCACGCCCCCCGUGUGCUUUCGGCUUCCUGUUAUGCUCCAUCGAGUUAAACCCACGUGUGUGCGCGUGCGUGCGUGUGUUUAAAAAGAUAAAUUUUGCGCGAUAAACGUUUACAACGCGUGUAAAGAGCUCCAAGUUAGCAGAGUUGCUUCCACAAGAAAGGAAAUGCCGAAGAAGAGCAACAUUUAGCUUGAGUGUGAGUAAGGCAGUAAAUAACGAGUUAUGGAGGAUAUUUCCCAGGCUUCGGUUCAGAGCGACUCUUCGAGAGAUGCUUUGUUUGAAACCCCUGCGUCUGACAGUGACUCUGGCGACAGCUUGUUUGUGACCCAGUCUGUGUCUUCAGCUUUGAGGAACGUUAAAAGACACCGUCCAUCUAAUACCCAGGCUUGUCCCUUUAGUCAGGAGUCAGAAGAUAAGCAGGAGACGGUGCAGCAUGAAAAAAAUGGGACAAGGAGUGACUCUGACAGUGAGACUAGUUAUGCUGACUUGCUUCACAGAUGGAGAAAACUGUCAAGGAUAAACAGCAGUAGACCUCAUCGUCGCCCAAGGAGUAGGAGAGUUGCUCUAAAGAGGAAGGUGUUACCUUUCCUGAAGAAGUCUGAUUCCGGAAAGCUUUCUGUCCAUGGAAACCAGACUAUAGUGAAUUCAGAGCUCGGUGGGUUUUUUAAAUGUAUAUUGAAGCUGAACAAAGGAUGCAAGAAAAACAGAAGAGAACUGAGUCCAUCAAGGUUGCCUUCUGAAUGGGAGCAAAACCAUGAGGACAACGAAGAUGAUGAUGAUGAUGAUGAUGAGGACAUCAGAAAAGUGAAUACAGAUUUCUUUAUUUAUGGUGGACAUAAAAAAAUUCGACAAACAUGGCUACCUUUCCUGAAAUGGAAAACGAUACAGGACCCAAGAAAGUGCACUAAGAAGAGCAAAAAAUGUCAAGAAGAGUGGGAGAAAUCGUAUCAAACCAGGCAAGUAGCAGAAGACCCGAUGGAGCCUCAAGAUGACACGGAUGUACAUAAUGAGAACAGUUUAUUUAAUAUAGAGGAGUCUCAGUCCAGGAGAAUGGGUGAUGGAAGCAGUAAAUUCCCUGCUAGUCCUUCUCUCUCUCCAGGUUCGACCCCUUCUUGUCUUUCCCCUGAAAAAUCUCUUUUUGUUCAAAAUUUAUUCAUGGAUCCUAAGGAGGAACACACUGAGAAUUCACCACAAGUUUUAGUGACAUGCUCACAAUCACAAUCCGUUGACUGGCAUCAAGCUCCGAAAAUUGAUAAAACUUUUGAGAACUGGAUGGAACCAAUUGAUGAUGAAAUGGACAUUGAGGAGACACAGUGGCCAUGUUUAGCAGACCACGAUGAAGACGAAACCCAGAUUUCUGAGGACAAUCCUAUGGACCGCGACAGAUGGGACAAUGUACUCUGCUUGGAAAACAUCUCAUCCUAUGAUCUCCAAGGACAAAGCAAGGAUAUCUGUGAAGGCGUACAUCAUGAUACAGUGGAUAACGAAGACUUGGUUAGUGCUAGUGGAGGUUUCUUCAGCUCACAGGAUCUUUUUCAAGAACCAAAUAAUCAAGCAAGUCCUUUAAAAGAGACUGAUGUUGAGAAUGCUAAUGAAAAAAUGAAAAACUGUGUAUUGCUACAUGAUGACACAGAUUCAUUAAUGAAGAACAAGAGAUGUUCAUCAAUCUUAGCAGAUGUGGAGGGUGACGAUGUUAAAUAUUCCAAAUCUCUCCCAUCAAUAGAUGGAGAUAUAGACCAAGGAAGAAAGGAAAAGAACAAAAAGACAUCAGAUAAUAGUGUGGAACGUGUGUAUCCAUCAAUGCCAUUAGAAGAUUACACAACAGGAACCAGAGGAAGUAAUUACUCAAGUCCCAGUAAGGACUUCCUCAUGGUCAGACAGAAAGAGAAGACCGAGAGCCCACUGUUUAAAUAUGGUGGGAUCACAUUUCUGAAAAGGAAGAAAGGUAAGGUCCCUGAGAUCUCUCAUAACCUCUCACUGAUACAAGUUGAUCCAGGUCAGAAUGAAGAUCCUGUACCUCACUUUAAUGAUGUUGUCAAGCAGAAAAAAAGAAAAAAGUUAAAAAAUGUUGGGUUGUUGGAGGAGCCAGUCAACACCUUGCCAGAAAUCAGUGUUUCUACAGAGUCAUGUCUGUCAGUUCAGGACUCUUCAGUGGUUUGUGCUUCAGUUUCUGGAAGUAAACCAAAGAAAAAGAGAAAAAAAGACAAAAAUGUUGGACUGUUAGAUGAUCCAGUUGGUACCCCACAAGAAAUCAGUGUUUCUGCAGACUUGGGUCUGUCAGUUCAGGACUGUUCUGUGGUUUGUCCUUCAGUUGGUGUAAGUAAUCCAAAGAAAAAGAGAAAAAAAUACAAAAAUGUUGGACUGUUAGAGGAACCAGUUGGUACCCUACAAGAAAUGAGUGUUUCUGCAGACCCCAGUCUAUCAGUUCAGGACUCUUCAGUGGUUUGUGCUUCAGUUUCUGGAAGUAAACCAAAGAAAAAGAGAAAAAAAGACAAAAAUGUUGAACUGUUAGAGGAACCAGUUGGUACCCUACAAGAAAUCAGUGUUUCUACAGACUUGGGUCUCUCAGUUCAUGAUUCUUCAGUGGUUUGUGCUUCAGUUGGUGGAAGUAAACCAAAGAAAAAGAGAAAAAAAGACAAAAAUGUUGAACUGUUAGAGGAACCAGUUGGUACCCUACAAGAAAUCAGUGUUUCUGCAGACUUGGGUCUCUCAGUUCAUGAUUCUUCAGUGGUUUGUGCUUCAGUUUCUGGAAGUAAACCAAAGAAAAAGAGAAAAAAAGACAAAAAUGUUGGACUGUUAGAGGAACCAGUUGGUACCCUACAAGAAAUCAGUCUUUCUGCAGACUUGGGUCUCUCAGUUCAUGAUUCUUCAGUGGUUUGUGCUUCAGUUUCUGGAAGUAAACCAAAGAAAAAGAGAAAAAAAGACAAAAAUGUUGAACUGUUACAGGAACCAGUUGGUACCCUACAAGAAAUGAGUGUUUCUGCAGACCCCAGUCUAUCAGUUCAGGACUGUUCUGUGGUUUGUGCUUCAGUUUCUGGAAGUAAACCAAAGAAAAAGAGAAAAAAAGACAAAAAUGUUGGACUAUUAGAUGAUCCAGUUGUUACCCCACAAGAAAUCAGUGUUUCUGCAGACUUGGGUCUGUCAGUUCAAGACUGUUCUGUGGUUUGUGCUUCAGUUUCUGGAAGUAAACCAAAGAAAAAGAGAAAAAAAGACAAAAAUGUUGGACUGUUAGAGGAACCAGUUGGUACCCUACAAGAAAUCAGUCUUUCUGCAGACUUGGGUCUGUCAGUUCAUGAUUCUUCAGUGGUUUGUGCUUCAAUUCCCUGUCAAGGUUCCGCUUAUUUGGUGUCCAUCUCUAAGGAAACGGAGCUAUUGACUGGAAAUGAUCUUUUUAUGCCUGAGGUUAACCAACUGGACAUUGGUGCACAAGCUCAUAAAGAUCAUGUUCAGUGUGAGGGUCAUGAACCGCGAAGGAAAAAGAAAAGGGAGACGAAGAAAAGGGAUACAAGUCCUGUGAUAUCUGAUGAGGUGGUUGCUCCCAAGUCUAGUAAAGAGUCUCAUUUGAACCACUGUACCAAAGCUGUCAAGAAAAAGAAACAAAAGUUUAUAUAUGAUGUUGGUGAAGGACAAGUAGCAGAGAUGUAUGCGGACAGUCAAAAUCUUGGUGGACCAUUUAAAAAAAUUCUUAAAAUGCCAGCAGGCAUAGAAAUCCAACCAGUAAAUAACAUAGAGUUGAUGACAGAUGAGACUGUUACUCCAAAAAAGAAGAAAAGGAAGCGGCAAGAAGUUGUCCGGGAAGAAAAUGUGGAUGUUGAGGCAUCGUUUGUAGAGACCAUAGAACAAGUGGAGACUUUAGAUACUUAUCAAGAUUCUGUGCAACAAGCAGCUGAGGUAGUUCAGGUAAAAAAGCAAAAGAAGAAAAAGGACAGAACUGUAACAUGCCAUGAAGAGGAGGUGUUUAAAAAUUCAACUGUGUCUCUCAGACUUGGAGACACAACAACAUCCAAAACACCAAACAACAAACCUGAGACUGGAGGGAUUGAUGAAGAGGAAGGUCUUGGUGAAUCUGAACCAGUGAAGAAAAAGAAGAAGAAAAGAAAAGAGUUGGACAGUGAUGGAUCUUGCUUGGUUUCUCAUGCCUUGGAAUAUUUGAAUAACACCUGUUGGCUCAAUAAUGAGCAGACAAAAGUGGUAAAAGAAGCCUCAAGAAGUGGGCAGAAACUUUGUAAAGAACAUCCUGCACCAUGUUUGAACAUGCAGUUAACAAAUGACGAGAAUAAGAAAAAGAAAAGUGAGAGGACCAAAGGUGAUGACUCUGAAAGUACUGAACAAGUUCUGCUAUCAGACGAUACCAUACAGCUAAAUGGUAAAAAGAAGAAGAAAAAGAAAAAAGAUGGAUAGAAACGGACACAGAUGUUUGAACAUGAUGUUUGUAAGGAAGGUGGUUCACAGAACCUUCAGAAGCAAUAAAACUGAGAAUAAGAAAAAGAA